CUAAAUUCGUUUCGCCCAAUCCCUUUAGCGCAUUCAAUCCCCCUUCGACAGUUCGACGUUCACAUUUCGGCGAUAAGAUUCCGGCGACCUUUACAUUCCGCCGCCGGCCUUUGCACAUUUAGAUCGUAAGUUCGACGGCACGAUUCGCCUUUACACGUUCCAAUCGCAAGUUCGACUGCACGUUCAGAUCGCAAGUUCGACGGACUUCACAUUUUGGGUUCUUCAUCUUGUGUUGUCGGGUUCUUCAUCUUGUUUUGUCCAAGCGUCUCUGCUCUCCAACUCACCGGCUGGCCGGCCACCGACCGCAACUACUUGAUCUUCUCGCCAUUCUUCUCUCUUGGUAAUCAGUUACUUGAUCUUCUCGCCAUUCUUCUCUCUUGCAAUGGAACAUGGAUCCUUUACAGAUGAGACCAAAUCAACAUUUUCUAUGGCUGAUGAAGAUCAUACACUUGCAAAUGCUCUCAGAUACACUUUGAAUCAAGAUCCAAGAGUGACAUUCUGUGGGUACAGCAUCCCUCAUCCUUCAGAUAAUCGAGUUAAUAUUAGAGUCCAGACAACAGGUGAUCCUGCUAGAGAAGUUUUGAAAGAUGCUUGUCAGAACUUGAUGGUGGUGUGCCAGCAUGUGAGGAACACAUUUGACAAGGCUGUGCUUGAUUUCAAUCUCACCAAAGCAAAAGAAGAACCUGAGGGAGACAUUAGUAUCGAAUAGAAUGGGACCUUUGUUUUUUCUUUGCCUUGUAAUUUUACCCUUUUUUUUUUUUUUUGUUAGUUUACAGUUUAUUGAGAUAGAUUUGUUAGAAAGAGAUUAAUUCCGUUGAAUUUUGCUUGCGUUUAUUGGUAUCUCAACUGAUGGCUUAUCCCUCCCUUCAGGGAUUUCAUGUUAAAUAGUAGAUUUGGUUGAUUUUA